AUGAAACUUUACAAAACCCUUUUCCUCCGUCUCCUCCCUCACCACCACCCUCCGCGUCCAAUCUCCUCCUCUCUCCUCUCGCAUUUCUCUUCUUCUACGUGGCGCCACGAGGAAGAGUCUCGAGGAGUUAAAGUUUCGGUGUGGUGGGAUUUCGAGAACUGUCAUUUGCCUUCAGGUGGGAAGAACAGUACAGAUAGAGCUCUUAUUACGGAUCUAAUGUGUUGGGUUGCUAAGAACCCACCUCCAGCUCAUCUCUUCCUCAUCUCCAGCGACAGUGACUUCUCCAGCGUCUUACACAAGCUCAGGAUGAGCAACUACAACAUCUUGCUCGCUGGCUACGAAGAGAUGACUCCGGGUGUGUUGUGCAGCGCUGCUUCCAUCAUGUGGGACUGGAAUGCUUUGCUUAGAGGAAAUAACUUGACUGGUAAAUGCUUUAACCAGCCACCUGAUGGUCCUUAUAACUCUUGGUAUGGUCACUAUAAAACUCCUCUUCUUGACCCAUUUGCCACACCCACCAAGCAAGAGGAGGCUUGUACUAGUGUUGUGAGAGUAGAAGAGUUGCAGGAGUUGAAUUCGAAUACUGAUACGGGUUCUUCUGAGAGUUGUACAGUCUCAGAAGAACCUGUAUUACAGGAAUCUAGUUUUGAUACUAGUCCUGUACCGGUAGAAGUUGUUGAGAAGAUUGGUUUGGUGUUGAGUUUGUAUCCUAGAGGAAUAACUAUUACAGAGCUGCGUAAGCAGCUGAUGAAGAGAAAGAUACGGUUGGGUGAAGAUUUUUAUGGAUAUAAGAGGUUUUCUAGGUUUCUGUUGUCUAUGCCGGAGAUCUUAAAGGUUGUUCCAAAGGGAGAAGGUGUGUUUCUUGUUCAUGCUUGUAAACAAGGAAUAGAUAAAAAAUUUGUACGUGUUGAGAAAAUGCCUCAGGUUGUUGAAGAUGUCAAAAAGGAAUCUGAAUCACUAGAGAUUGGUCAAGAUUCUGUUCCUGUAAUGUGUGCUCAGGCAAAAGAUGAAGACAAUCAGAUAGCUUUAACUGUAGAGGAUGAUGUUUCUUCUUCCAAGAAAAGAGAUGGGCCCCCUGAGAUUGGAUUAGAGCAUCUCCAAGAAAAGAAACAUGAAGGUGUUGUUAGUGAAGUAGAAGUGGUGGUUGAUGAUAAGGACUUAGAAUCUCGAGUUGCAUCUUCCACCUCUAGUGAAUCUGCUAAGGAGGUAAAAGCAGACAUUGAAGUGGUCAAUGAGAGUCCAGGGCUUUUAAGUCGUCUUAUGAAGAGAUUCAACUUGUUUUGUGGAAGAACUAAAGAGCUUAGCAAUACAACAGCAAGUGAAGCUAGAGUUGAUGAUAUUUUUGCACAAGAUUCAUUUUGGAAUGAUGUUGAGUCUUUCAUUAAUUCUCCAAGAGGCUUCGUCGUUGUUUCUCACUCACCAUCAAGAGAAGCGUUGGCUAAGAAUCUUAAGAACGAAGGACCUUCAUCUCUCAAACACCUAGAUCUAUCCAAAACACUUGAUUUAGUUUCUCUGUUGGUAUCUGAUAAGAAAUGGAUCAAGGAGAAUCCUUCUGAUACUCUACCUUUCAGAGUAACUAGGUUCACAGAGAAAAAAAGCUCUUGUCUUAACAAUCCUCAAGCCUCUAGUGUCUUGAGAUCAAUGUUUGUGAACAUGUCAAAAUCUCAAUGUAAUGAAGCAGAUGCUGAGAAGAAGUCCAAGAACAGUGGUGUAAGCGAGAAACCAUUGGAGAGAUCAAGAAGCGAGGUGAUUACUGAUUGUCAUAAGCUGAUAAAGAAGAUAACAAAGGAAAACCCUGGAGGCUAUAACAUGAGUAACUUCAAGAAAGACUUCUUGGAAGAGUUCAAGUACCGUUUAGAUUAUCAACACCUCGGUUAUCCGAAGCUGCAGAGUUUGAUACAGAUGAUGCCUGAGGCGAAGAUUGAAUCAGGUUACAUUGUUCCUUCAUCAACACUAGCUCCACAUGAAUCUAAGGCAGAGAAGAAUGAAGGAGCUGCUUUAAAAGAGAGUGGUGAUGAAAAGAAGAAGAAGAAGGAGGAAGGGAAUAAAACAGAGAGGGAUGUACUUAAAAUUCUAGGUUGUUGGGACAGUGUUGAAGAUGUUGAGAAGACUUGUGUGUUUGGUAAAGAUAAGCUUGUUGAUGGAAUAUUAACAAGCUUGCGUGAGAAAGCAUCUGGUGAGACUAGAGUUCAAUAAAUGAGUUGUUUUAUUCUCUUAGAGACAGUUUGUUAUGGUUACACUGUCUCUAUUGUUAUGGUUACAUUAGAUGUAAUAGAAAGUUUUUGAACUUUGAUUAGUG